CGGCAUUUGUCACUCAUUUUUUUUCUACAAAAACAAAGCUCAGCGGUAGCUGACUAAAAAAAUAAUGUCCUUGGAUCUGACUCUCGAUUCAAGUGAAGAGAUUCGCUUUCUCAACAAAAUCAGCGGCAUCGUCAAACAGUUCCACAAGAAAACGCACUUCACGGCCCGUGAACUUGAAAUCGUUCUGCUGCUGUACUACAAACUGCUCAAGGACGAACAAGGCGGACCGCGGGCUGGGCAAUCGGCGCGCUACAUCAGCCGGCAGCAGUUGACCACGGUGUUCGAUACGGCACUCGGGAUGUCGGACAACGUUAUGCUGCGGAGGAUCUAUGCCGCCCUGGACAAGGGCGCCACGUCCUACGUUACGAUGGAGACAUGGAUACAGACAUUGUCGCUAUUUCUGCGAGGUACGUUCGAGGAGAAGAUCAAGUACUGCUUCAAGGUGUACGACAUCCAGGGUGAGGGGCUGAUUCGCCGGGAUCACAUGAUGCUGCUGAUGAGGAGUGCGUUCGUCAAGCCCCAGGACGAAGAUGUGGAAGAGGCGGUCAAAGAUCUGGUUGAUAUCAUUCUGCACCGGAUGGAUGUUGAUCGAGACGGUUCGAUAUCUUUCGAGGACUAUAGAGAGACGGUCCGGAAGUCGCCGGAAAUGUUGGAGUGCUUCGGUAAGGCAUUACCCGAUCGCGGACAUGUGUAUUCUUUCUCGAGGACGUUUCUGGAGAAAGUGCGUAAAUUUUGAGUAAAUAAAAUUGAGUAUGUUAUAAGGGAAGCUAAUUAUCUAAGUACUUAGAUAUAUCAGAAAUAAAUAUUAGCAAAGAUAAAAAGAAUGCUGCUCCUAUUUUAGCAUCGUCAUAUUAUG